GAGUGGGAGUAGCCAUGCGAAAGAUGGGUGCAAUGGCCAAGCCAGACUGUGUCAUCACCUGCGACGGCAACCACCUCAGCGUGAAAACCGAGAGCGCUCUGAAAACAACACAGUUCUCUUGUAACCUGGGAGAGAAGUUUGAAGAGACUACAGCUGAUGGCCGAAAAACUCAGACGGUCUGCACCUUUACAGAUGGUGCGUUGGUUCAGCACCAGGAGUGGGAUGGGAAGGAAAGCACAAUAACCAGAAAAUUGCAAGAUGGGAAGUUAAUUGUGGAUUGUGUCAUGAACAAUGUCACCUGUACUCGAGUCUAUGAGAAAGUAGAAUAAACUAUCAUCACUUGAACAGGAAUUAGCUUUGAGAAUGAAUAAGCUCAGUUCAAUGAGCAAAUCUCCAUACCUUUUUUUGUCAUUAUUUUGGUCAAUUACCUUUAUCACAAGCAUUUUACAUGCAACUAUUUCAAAGUGUUGAUUUCACUAGGAUCAUCUCUUUGGUUAGUAAAUAAAUAAAUGUGUUUGUGCUAAUAAGCUUUGUUCAUAUUUUUAAUGUUAUAGGAAAUUAGUGAUACAUUUAAACAACUAGGAAUUUAAUAAAUUCUGGGUAGUCUUGAGGCUGCUAUAUUGAAAUUAUAGCCCAGUGAUUUACAUGUAGAACUGCUUUUAUAGCAAAUAAGGUACUAAUCAUUUAAGUUUGCUCUAUAGCAGUGGUGGUGAGCCUAUGGCACACAUGCCUCCGUGGCAGCUUUCAUCGAAAGCUGUAAAAGAUUCGCCAUCACUGCUCUGUUGUAUGUGAACAUUGUAUCACAUCAAGAAUUUUAAAUUUCUAGUAGAAACUUUGCAUUGAAAUGUAGCUACACAAACUUCAUACUUUACGUAUUAGACUCCAGAGUAAAUUACUGCAUUGACUUCAGCCAUACUUCAAAUGGUGUUCUUAUAGCUACAACUGAACUAAAAAUCCCAGAACUACAAAAAACAAAAAAACAAGACUUGCGUGCCAUUUCUCAGGCCCAAAUACAAGUAUCCACUCACAUUUCAGAAGUAGGUUGAAGGCGCUGGGCUCACAUUUCACAUACAUGAUCUUCAGAGCAGCAUUUGAGGGCCUGGCCCUGUUAUCUCUAUCUGCAAAUAAGAGAAUGAGUAUUUGAUUAGCUAGCUUGUUCAAGGACACAGGAAGUAGUAGAGCUGGAUUGCAAAACUGUCUUGUUAUGACCACUCAGUCUAUUUAAUCAUUCCACAGCACUGCCUCUAGCUUGUACAGAGACCCUGAGACUAAAGUCUCUAAAUGUGCUGAGACUUCUAAAACAGCCUUCCUGUGCUGGGUGCCAGAAUUGACAAGUGCAUAUGAGAUUGCAAAGACUUGGUGUGAAAAGUAAAAUACCUCAAAGAUUUUUCUACAUUGAUUAUAUAUUAGGAUAAAUUUUUUGAAUAGUUAAUAGUUCAUUAUUUAUGUGUUAGUAAAAUUUUUACCUUACUAGUAAAAUUAUAUUACUUUUUAAUCUUUUUAAGUGUGGCUAGGAGAAAUUUGAGAAAUUGCAUGUGCUUGUAAUUUUGCAUCCAUAUUUGAUUGGACAGUGCUGUUUUAGGCUUGUUAUAUGAAUUACCAUCUUACUGUUUUUACAGUCCAUGCUAGGGUUCCUCUACCUUUUCUGCAUCUAAUAAUGUUUGACAUUCUUCCUAAACUGAACAUUGAGCCAAGACCUUGAAAUAUUUUGUAAUUCUCAGAACCAUCCUAGAUGAUGCAUAUUACCUGUGGUUUUCCUUAUUAUAAAGAUGGGGGAAUGAACCCUCAGUUUAGGUAACCGUCUGAAGCCAAGCAGCAAGUACAAAUACUAGGACAGACAGGAAUAACAGUUUAUUUGACCAUAACCUGUGUCACUACCUAUGCCCAUAUUGCUUCAGUUUAUGGGCUGUGAGUAUCGCUUGAGAAACAGUAGGCCAAAGUUCUUACUUGGCCCAGUUGUUGAAGUUUUGGUAUUUGGAGUGUGGCAAGCAUCACUAGACUCUUAACCCAAGAACAUGGCCAAGAAAUGUCCAUAGCACUCGCUAUUCUACCCCAAAUAUUCCAUAUGUUUCCAGAUGUCCACUGAGGAUAGGGUACCAUACACCAGCUUGAAAUCUGUGGGAUAAAAGAAGAGUGUCCUCAUUGUCCUGGUGUCAAACUUUUCCUGUUUAGCUAUCCUUUCAUGAUUGUUACCUCAUCAAAAGACCUAACAUCAGUGCCUUUGUUGAUUAUUUGUAUUUCCUUUUAACCGCUAGUAUGCUGGAAUAGAUUAUGUUUAUGUAUGAUACAGAACACACAAAUCUCCUGAGAGGUUCAUUUUUACCCUUAAAUCUAUCAGAUCUGAUUUCUGUCCUGUGUUUCAAUGCUUUGCUGCCAAUAACCUAAGGGAUAUUGCAAACAUAUACUAAAAGAAAAGAUUAAAAAAAAAAUGCUACUAAACAUUGUCUUAUAAGUGUCUCACUGCAAACUAGUUUAAUCUAGUCUGUGGCACUUAGGCUUUGGAGGUAGACAGCCUAGAAUCCAGCCCUUGCUUGUUACUCUGGUUUUGUAAUUACGUGACUUAAGAUACAUUACUUAGCUUUUCUGAACCCUUGUGAUACUGUUUGUUAAAGGAGAUAACAUUGUUUGACUCAUAGAAUCUUUUUAAAAUUAAGGAGAAAAUGUAUGUAGAGCACUUAACAUGGCCCAGGAUGUAAAGACUUAAGUCCCACCAGCAGAGCUGAUAGAACUCUGUGAUGGUGAGGAUGCAAAUGCACUGUGACACCUGCACUGUCCACCAUGGUAGCCACUAGCCGCAUGUGACUGGGUACUGAUCACGUGAGACUUGAACUGCAACAGAGCAACUGAAUUUCUCAUUUAUUUUAAUUAAUUAAAGUGUAAACUUAAA